AUGAAAACCACCGCAACCACCACAACAACCGCGACCGCCGCGAAUAAAUCGGUGCUGAAAACAGUCGUAUCAGAACUGCCACCUGAGGAGAAUAUUGUAGAUGCCUUGGGUGAGGGAGAAAAAUUGGUAGUUGAUGCUGCCUCCAAGGAUGCGAUGAGUGUGAAUCUCAAAGUGGAGCCCCCAAAGGCAACAUUCAAAUCAACUGGCGGUUUGUCCAACCACACUCUGACGAAUAAGAGCAAAGCGAGAUUGGUAUUCAAGAUCAAAUGCUCAAAUAAUAACGAAUACGGCAUACAUCCAGUAUAUGGAUUCAUUGAGCCGAUGGCAUCAACCAUAAUUAUGAUAACUCGUUUGCCAGGGAAUCCAAAGGAGGACAAGGCAGUCAUUCAAUGGGUAGAAGCUACAGCUGAUGCGAAGGAUCCUAAGGAGGCGUUCAAAAAUGCCUCACCUUGGUCGACGCAGUCAAUUAAGGUCGCCUUGGUAGUAGUGGGCGACACGCCGGCUGCUCCGAAAGAAAAAUCCGCUAUUCUACCGAUCAAACCAGCUCCUGCUGCCAUCAAAAGCCCAGUUCCAAUGCCAGGGGCUCCAGCUCUGCAGCCUCCAGCACCACCAAUUGCACCAAUCAAACCAAUAGGCUUUCAGAAACCUGUCUCCCCUGCACCUACUACUCCUUUCAAACCUGCGACAGUACCAGCUCAGAAACCUCUCCCCACUGGACCUACUACUCCUCCAAAACCUGGUGUGACAAUACCAGCUCCUGCCUUUCCCAAAGCUCCUGUAUCAAGACCAACGUUUGGUCCAGCUGCGCCUUCCACUCCUAUGUCAUCAAAACGCCCUUCUGGUGCUAUAAUACCAUUGCAGCCGCCUGCCAUUUCCCGCUUUCCAGUGCCUGGAGGGCCUCCGCCCCCUCCAGCAAAGGGCACAAGCGACCUUCCUGUUGUAAGCGUUUAUGCCGUCGGCGGUGUUGGCGGUGGUGGCCCAAAGUCCAUGGUCAUGCCAGGAGUGAUGGCCGCGUCUCCUACGUCAAAACCACCCAAAUGA